GGGAGCAGCCAGACGUAGAGCAAGACACCUGAGAAAAGUGCAGAAUAUUCUGAAGAAAAGGCUUCAUCAUGGCUCGACUGACCAUCCUGGUUGGAUUGGCACUUCUGAUGUGUCUUCAGACUGUUUCUUCCACCAAACUGGUGUGCUACUUUACCAACUGGUCCCAGUACAGACCGGGGGUUGGCAGAUUCACGCCUGACAACAUAGAYCCAAACCUCUGUACGCACCUCAUCUACGCCUUCUCCAUCAUCAGCUCCUCCAAUGAGCUGGCUACGUUUGAGUGGAACGAUGCUGCUAUGUACAAAUCCUUCAAUGCGCUGAAGAACAGAAACCCUCAGCUGAAAACUCUGCUGGCUGUCGGYGGGUGGAACUUUGGAACAACACAAUUCAGCCUCAUGGUCUCGUCUCCGGCCAACCGUCAGRUGUUCAUCCAGUCUUCCAUCAGAUUUCUGAGACAACAUGGCUUCGAUGGACUAGAUCUGGACUGGGAGUACCCGGGAUCACGAGGAAGCCCACCAGAGGACAAGACAAGGUUCACGUUGCUCUGCCAGGAAUUACUUGCUGCCUUUGAGAAGGAAGCCGCUCAGACCAGUCGGCAGAGGCUGCUGCUCACCGCUGCUGUGGCAGCUGGAAAGCGAACUAUUGAUAACGGCUAUGAGAUUGCUGCUGUGUCCAAUUAUUUAGACUUUAUAAGCGUCAUGACCUACGACUUCCAUGGAUCCUGGGAUCCAUUCACUGGCCACAACAGCCCUCUAUAUAACAGCUCUGUCAUGCAUGGUCAACAUGUCUUCUUCAAUGUUGACUUUGCCAUGAAAUACUGGAGAGACCAAGGAGCUCCUCUAGAAAAGCUGCUGGUUGGUUUUCCUGCAUAUGGUCGCACAUUUCGCACGUCAUCAGCAGCUAGUGGUGUUGCAGCACCAGCCAGCGGACCGGGCACUGCUGGGAACUACACCAAGGAAGCAGGAGUUUUGUCCUACUAUGAGGUUUGCACUUUCCUUGAUGGAGCCACCACUCACUGGAUUGAGGAGCAACAGGUUCCCUAUGCAGUCAAAGGCAAUGAGUGGGUGGGAUUCGACAACAAGCAGAGCUAUGCAAUCAAGGCACAGUAUGUGAAAGACAACAAAUACGGCGGAGCGUUCGUCUGGGCUAUGGAUCUGGAUGACUUUUCUGGACAAUUCUGUGGUCAGGGAAACUAUCCUCUCAUUGGAUACCUCCGCUCUCAACUGCAGUCAGGGAAUAGUUCCAACGAUACCUCAAACCAGCCUGGCGUUCCUACUACCACAGCAGCUCCUGGCAUAAAAACCCCCAAAACAACCAAAAAUCCUGUUUCUGGACGUAAUUUCUGUGUAGGCAAGGCUGAUGGUAACUACGUCAAUGAAAACGAUAGACACACCUUCUAUCAGUGUGUCGCUGGAAUCACGUACACACAGCCAUGUCCUGCUAAUUUGGUGUACAAUGUCACAUGCGACUGUUGCGAUUAUGAUAAAAAUCCUGUUUCUGGACGUAAUUUCUGUGUAGGCAAGGCUGAUGGUAACUACGUCAAUGAAAACAAUAGACAUACCUUCUAUCAGUGUGUCGCCGGAAUCACGUACACACAGCCAUGUCCUGCUAAUUUGGUGUACAAUGUCACAUGCGACUGUUGCGAUUAUAAUAAAUGAUUCAGUCAAGCUUUUGUGAAUUUACAUUCUGGAUGGACAGCGUGAAUACAAUGUCCUCUCUCGCUCUACAACUGUGUACUUGCUGUAAAAGUUUAACACCUUUAUUUACAAACCCAAAAUGAGAUUUUUUUUUUCAUAUCUGCUAACAUGUUUCAAGUGUGCUGAAAUAAUUUGUAAUGUGUAGAGACAUGCAUACCAAAACCUUUUAAUAAAUGUUCCUGUUUUUGCUUCCUCA